UCUGCAUGGCGGCUGCGUUUAGACAGCAAACCCAGCUAAGCAUUUCAUCGCAAGAGUUUUCACAGCUGUUCUUUCGUGCAUUUGCAUCUGGUAGGCUUGUCAUGUUUGGAUGGAGUAAAUAGCCUUCUCCAGUCUCGCUGAAGUUGUAGCUCCUUCCAAAGCUUGUGAGACACUAACAUGGAGCAGCUCAGGUCUGACAGCCCUCAGCUGGAGUCUGUAAGGUCAGAGGUCUCUGAAGGGCAGGUGGAUGAAGGAAGCAGCGGCACUAGCACUCGAAGGAAGAGGAGAAAGCGAGAACACCGGCCGGAGUCCAUCAUCGUCUACCGCUCUGAUCCAGAGAGAGCCGCUGGUGAAGACCAUGGAGGAGAUAGUGAGGGUGGAGAGAGGAACUCUGAAGAGGGAGCUACGUUUCUGAACAGCCCCAGCAGUGAAGGUUGGGCCGUGCCUCCAGACAGCCGCUACGUGACGCUCACCGGGACCAUCACACGCGGAAGGAAGAAAGGUCAGAUGGUGGACAUUCACGUCACGCUCACAGAGAGAGAGCUGCAAGAGAUGGCCAGGUCAAAGGAGCGUCUGGAUGCCGAAUGUGAUGCUCGCGAGGGAUCGAGCCGCUCGUGCGGUUUUGGGCUUUCUCAGGGUCCCCACGUCGUCCUGUGGAGCCUCUCCUGCGCUCCCGUCAUCUUCGUCCUGUCCUUCAUCACCUCGUUUUACUACGGUACUCUCACUUGGUACAAUAUAUUCCUGGUGUACAACGAGGAGCGGACGUUCUGCCAUAAAAUCACGGUCUGCCCGUUCCUCAUCAUCUUCUACCCCGGGCUCAUCGUGGCUCUGUCGCUGUCGCUGGGCUUGUAUUCGGCUGUGGCGCAGGUGUCCUGGGCCUUCAGCGAAUGGUGGCUGUCGGUCAGGGAUCUGGAGAAGGGUUUCUGCGGAUGGGCUUGUGGGAAGCUCGGAUUGGAGGACUGCUCUCCGUACAGCGUGGUCGAGCUGCUGGACUCGGACACCAUUUCUGGGAGUCUGCAGGGAAAGUCGCUGCAAACAUCUUCGGUGUGAAUAGAAAUCAUCCCGAGAUUUUCUCUGAUGGUUACACAGCCCCUGCAUCUUCUGCAAAAAAUGCCUAGAAUUGGCUAAUUUGAUGAUGCUGAGUCCAAAAUUAUCAACAAAA